UCGCUCUUCCAGACACAAACCAGAGCAGCUAGACGAGCAGACGCCAGAGGGCUAUCAUGGAUCCCAACACGACCAUUCUGCGAGUGAAAAGAAAAAGGGGGACAGACCCCGCUGAUGCCUUGUUGCUGGCGUGCAAGCGUAUCCGACCCGAGUCGUCCCAGAGCUCUGGGGAAACGGUACCGGAACCCGACGAACCCGAGGUGGAGAACUCCGUGUUCAAACUCGUGGCGACCGUAGCGACACAGGAUGCUCCGGUCCAGACCCAGGUCCGGCAGGCUCUCGCUCGGCCCCGGGCUGCCCACGCUCUACGGCCCUCUGCCGCCAGCUCCCAGCGGAUAAUCGGGGACUUGCGCAGCACCAAGUGGAGCACCAGGAGGGAGGAGCGCUACAGGAUACUGUCCAGCAACCGUGCGGGGCUGUCCAGGUCCGCUGAGCAGGAGACCCCGCAGACAGAGGCUGCAGAGGCUGUAGAUGACAGCCGGACGGAUAAAUGUUGGGGUCUUGGUGAAAUCCAGGUGGUAGAUCUCAUCCAUGAGGAUGAGGAGGACCCAGACAAGCCUCUGAGGAAGGCUCUUCCUUCAGACCCCGAAGUGAUUCUGUGCAACAACACCAAGAUGCUGCGGGAGCGGCUGGACAUCUCCGGGGAGAAGCUGGGCGUGGCGCACCGGGAGCACGAGGACGACUACGUUUACGACCUUUACUACCAGGAAACGGUCACACCAGGCUGGAUCCAGGACAUCCUGUCCGUCAGGGCCUAUGCUGACGAGGGAGAACUGGUUCCAGAUCUGGUGGUCCACGAAGAGGAAGUCUACGAGGACGAAGACGACGAAAAUGAAGAAAGCAACUGGAGGAACGACUACCCCGAUGAGGGCAGCGACUCUGACGGUGACAAAGAGGAGCGCUAUGGAGAUUACUGGGAGGAGGAACACUCCUACUGCAGGAGGAGCUGGCAGAGGUACCAGAAGGACGUGAUGCGUGAGCUGGGCUGCAGCGGUGAAGAAGACGACGACGACGCAGACAAAUACGAUUCCGACUGACCGGCUUCUCCCUGCUCCCCGCUCCGCUAACCUUUCCAGUCCCCUUUUUCCACAAAACGCCCCCACUCUCCGAGCUUCUAUGUAGUUGAGAGCGGAGGAAAAAAUAAAACUCCGCUCCUAACUGGACGGCAGCCGGCUCAGCACUCCUCUGAUGCGGGACUCGUGUGGCGUGCCAAAGUAUUGCAGUGUUGGUGGUGAAGCUGACAGAAGGCUCCGCGUUCAGAGAAGGCCGGCUGCCUGGGUCCGUCUCGGCUGCGCAGAGGCUCGAGCAGAGUGGCCGUGGCCUCCAGGGGGAGCCAGAGCGCCCGUCUUUAUUUUUAACGCCGUGCUAGAGUGGGUUUAUAUGUGGGUGUUUGUUCCAAGUGGAUGCGUUUUUAGAAUCGUUGCACAUUAGUGUGGUAUGCCUCGUACGCUUCGUGCUGUUCAAUACUUUUGUUUGGCGAGUCGUCUUGAGACGUGUGUGUGUGUGCUUGCAGUUUAGAGUGUUUGCAUUUUGUGCAUGGUAGCGCGUACGUAAACCUAGCUGUUUUUUUGUUUUGUUCUUUUUUUUUCUGCGUAAUGUGAAAGGCUGGUGCGUAACUUUCUGUUGUGGAUGUAUGAGUUGGGUUUGGAUAAAUCCACUUUGGAGUUUUGAUUGUUUCUGGAACGCUUGUUGAAAUAAAGUUUCUGUAAAUAUGUAGAUGUGUACACAAAGAAGGCUUUCAAAAUAAAACACCAGAGUCCG